AGCAGAUGCAACCUCAGUGUGGCGCCUCCUCCAGAGGCCUGUUGCUUAGCAACUGGUUUGCUUUGUCUGGCUGAGCAGACACACAGCUUUCACCUGUAAGGUAAAAAGAGAACUUGUAGGCGCUGCUUUGGGAUUGUUCUUUCCAUUCCCUCUUCACGUGCCAACAACACAGGCUUCUCUCAAGUUUGUCUUGGGGGAGGUGGCUGGCAGUGAGACAUCUCAGAUAAGAAGGACCCCCCGUUUUCCUUCUGGAAGUCUCAGCUUGGAGGGAUCAGAUGUGGGAAAGUCACUGUUAAAUCGUAAACUUACUUAGCAGUCAUUUCACUGGGGAGCCGUUUGACCAGGGGUCCGAGGGUGACCCGAGACCUCUGCCAAGAGUAAACCUAAGUCGUUCAAGGGACAGGUGACCGUCCGUCCCUCCGUGGACCUCACCAUGCACUCCAGGGCUUACAUCUUACUACAAAAAGAAUUCGAGGAGCUCCAACAGAAAAGAAAUGAGGGUGUUACCGCUUUUCCUGUAAGCGAAGAUCUGCUGAAAUGGGAAGCUGAGAUCCAAGGACUUCAGAAUUCAAUUUGUGAUGGACUUGUUUUCCAGCUGACAAUAGAUUUUACACCCGAAUACAACCUUGUUCCUCCAGUUGUGAAAUUUGUAACAAUUCCUUUUCAUCCAAAUGUAAACCCAUAUACCGGUCAGCCCAGUAUAGACAUUUUGGACAGCCAGGAUGACUGGAACACAAAUUACACACUACGAAACAUCUUACUUGCUGUACAGAUUCUGCUUUCUCACCCUAGACUGGAAAAUCCAGUGAAUAUGGAAGCAGCCCAACUGCUGAUUAACAAUGAGUCUAUGUACAGAACAAUAAUUCACAAACUUUUCCAGCCAGAACCACGAGAAAGAGAGGGCAGCCUAGGGUUAUACGAAAAGUCACAGAAGAGUUUCAGGGUAGUUAAAACAAUCUCAUUUAAUGAUUACUACAAGACAUGGUCUGAGAUAGCCACGACAAAAACUGCAGAACUCUCCAAAACUCCGUUUUUUGGAGAUCCGGAUUUCAUGGAACGGUAUUACAAAUGGAAGGGACAGCAUCUGCCGCAUCAUAAGAAGUGGAAAUUGAACCAAUGUGCUGCCAUGAGGCUGGGAAGGGAAGACCUGCUGCCUCCUCAUCUUCAUCUUGCUCUGCGGCUCCUGCUCUCCGCAGUCAGUAUCCAGCGUUUCAGAGGGGAACACACCAUCGUUAAACGUGCACUAUGUUAUGAAGUUGAGUAAACAUCAAAUAGACUUUGCUAUCUUUUUUUUUUUUCUCUAAACUUUAGCAACAACUCUUCUUUGGACCAAAGUGAAGAAAGGUUUUUAUAUCACUUUUCUGCUUCCGGCAUGAAUUACAGGCAGGAAAACAGUGUAUGAAGCUGAAUUUGAAGGAGUAUAAACAUGCUUUCUCUUGCAGGCAUGCAUCAAGUUUCUUUUGCCAUUGUAUUCAGAAUCUAAGACGGCCAUUGCUUUGACGUGGCCCCCUUUCCUGUUUCCUGUAACAGAGCUGCUUUGUCUUCAGUGUUUGCUCAUUGGUUCAUGAUGUAGCGCCAGAGUCACCCAGAACCCCAAGAUUCAGAAAAAUGAGGACCACAUCAGUUUCAACUUAGUCACUCACUUCUACAUGUGGCUAAAAUAACUGAGCUGUUUGACUGACAGAACACUUCAAAAUAUAUAGUUUGGAGUUUGUAGGUCAAGUUAUGUGCAGUGACCCUGUCAGAAUAAAAUGCUCACACCUUGUGCCAUCUGGUGGCUGAUGAGAAUAUGUACAGCUCAAAUGCUAUUUGCUUCUUAUCAAUUGUGAAAUUGAGUAGUCAGAAAAAAAAAACACAUUGAAAACAGUUUUUAAAAGAUGUUUCACUUAUAUGCAUUUUGUAGUGGCAUAAAUAUUUGUAUAUGCAAAUGAAUGCAAGCAUAGUAGAAACCUAAGGAAUAGUGCAAUCCAGCUUCUUUCCAGAUAAUUUUCAACAAUUCUUAAUGUUCACCAAAAUGCAUGAUAUAUGAUAAAGUGCUCACUUGAAGGCUCAAGUAGAAAAUAUUUUCACGUGAGUAAUCGUAUAGGUAUACCAUAAUACUUUUAUGUACCAGAGUUUGUUUCUUUAAAGAUUUAUUGUUUACCUUUAUGCCUGAGUGUGUAUCUGUGUGUGUAUGGGUGUGUAUGGGGGUGCAUGUGUACACAUGUGGAAGUCAGAUCCCCUGGAGAUGGAGUUACAGGUAGCUGUAAGUUGUAGGUUCUGGGAAAUGAACUCUGGUCUUCUGAGAGAGCGGAAAGCUUUCUUAACUGCCGAGCCAUCUCUCCAGCCUCCUUUGUGGUGUUUCUGUUGGGGCUAUGUGUUAGCUACUUUUUCUCAUUGCUGUGAACAAAUACUCAAGGAAAGAGUGUAAGAAAGGAAGGGUCUGUUUUGGCUUGCAGUGUGAGGGUAUCGGCCAUCACGGCAGGGAAGGCAUGAAACAGGAAGGUGAGGUGGUCGUCACAUUGUGUCCGUAAUUGGGAAGUGAGAGAUCCGAGUGCUGGUGCCCAGCUUGCCUUCUCGUUUUUCUCAGUUCACUUGGUCCUGGAACCUAGCCCAUGGGCAAGUGCUGCUCACGGUCAAGAUGGCUCUUCCUUCCUCAGUCAAAUCCCUCUGGAAAUCAGACAUGCUCAGAAGUAUGUCUCCUUCAUGAUUCUAAACCAAGUUAACAACUGAAAAUAGCCAUCAUGGCAGGGUGAGGGGGCUUCAGAACUACUGGAGACCAAACCCAGGGCAGCGCACUGCACCCUUAGGUAAGCCUUCAACCACUGAUAAGCCAAAUACCCAGCCCCUAGUUUCUUGAAGCAAGGCUGGUUUUGAACUAACUUCAUAACCUGGGCUAAAUUCAAACCUGCUAUCCUCCUGCCUCAACCUCUUGGGUGUGGGGAUUACAGAUGUAUACCAUUGUGACUAUCAUCUCUCUGCUUUAAAUAAAUGUUUAAAAAUGUCUUCCCUACACUGAUAUUUCCUGUUUAAAAAAAUAGUUGGAGAUAUGGCUCAGUGAGUAGAGCAGCUCGUUUACCACAUCUAUUGAAGGACAUUGGCUCCAUCCUCAUUAAUUAUCCAUUCACUAGUUCAUUAGAAAGAAAAAUGCAAAUCAAGGCACUUAUUUGCAUUGUGUUAAGCAAAGACUCUUUUUCCCACCUACCUCUGUCUUUCCCUUCUCCUGUAGUUCCCCAUCACUGCCUUCACCCAGCAAGACUUGAUUCUUAAGCCACACUCAACUAUUUUUCUCACUCUUGCACGGAGACCUGAGAUUUCUUCCCCAUCAGUGCCUUCUACCUGGAGUAUCUUUCCUAGCAGAGUCUUCACUGGGACCCUGAGUUAAGUCUUGGCCUGAGUCAAAAGGUGGCCCCUGGUGUAUGUGCUCAAGUGCAGGGGCCCUGGAACUGUCCGGGUUUUACCUCUAGGACCUGGAGCACUGUGUCUGACUCCUUUGGCUUCAGAAGUGUUCGUUCAAUAGCACCUGCCUUUCAAAGAGGUCUUGAGGGCUCACUAAUUCAAUAUAUGGAAAUGCUUCUAGGGCUGCCUAGCACACAGACAUGCCCGUAAGACGUGCCACUGUUUGCUCUGCGUCUGCUCAGGUCCUUGCUCCUGUCACAGAUGGAAAACCUUUCCUUGGAAAUAGCAGGGGGAAGAGUCAGGCAGAUCUGGGCUCUUCCCCUCUCAGAAUGUGUCACCCUGGACAUAACGCAACCUUCCUUGCAAAGCUGUUUUGCAUUGAGUCUCUUGACUGAUACCACAUAUUUGAAGUUUGGCAUGUGAACAUUCAAGAAACAUUAGUUCCUGAGGAGUGGGGAAUAUGAAAGUUUAUGCCCCCCAGCUUUCCACAGAAUGAAAAUACUCUCUGGCAGAAAUAUGUGAAAAAUGUAAAUGUAUCUCAAGUUAGAAAACAACACGUAGUUGAGCACACGAAUCUAGUGCCAUCAGCCUGCAAUUUGCCUUUCUACUCCACCUCUCUUCAGCUUGGCGCAGCAGGCCACAAGGGUGACAUGGAUCCAAGCACACUCUUCUCCAUGUGAAACUGUCCUUUAUGUGCUCAGGGGUCCCAACCCCCAGCCCCUCUUCUGUAUUAUGCAGUUCCCAUCUCUGUCAGCAUUCACGAAGUUCAGAUUCAUCUAUUCAUGGGGAAGUCUCCAGGAUAGAGGCAUUGGAAUAGCUUUGCAUUCUCGAGGCUUAGUGGAGUGCACAGCACAUAGCAGGUACUCAGUUAACUUCGUUGAAAAAAAAAUGCAUGUGCCUCUUGUCUCACCAUUUAAAACUAGAAUUUUAGAAAAAAACAUGAAAUUUAAGGCCCAUGGUUCUGUUUGGGGAGUUCUAGGGUAUAGUCCAUAAGCUAGGAUUGAAAACUGGAAAUAUGACUGUCAUAAAUAUUUUAUGCAAAUUCUAAACUCUUACAUGUAUUUUGGUUACUAUUAAUAGAAACUCAUUAUCAUAAUCAGCUCAUAAAUAUUCACCAAUCAAUCAUGUGAUUUGGUGUUCAUUUCUAAGGCUUUUUUACACACUUUGACUGUCAUUUGAAUAUUCAUAAAUGCCUUAUUCCUAUGAGACAGGAAAGAAAAUGAACCUAACAUCCGAUCGGUGGUUUGUACUUACUUUCUCAAGAGAAACAAUGAACAUAUAAAAUCAGAAAGUAAUGAAGGUUAUUCUGUAGAGUGCUCUUGCUUAUGUGCACUUGAAACUGCCAUCCGCUAUAGCAAAUGAUUACUUACCUAGCAACAGAAACCAUCUCUAUCCAGAGUCUAAGCUCUGACUGCCAGCAAAUUACCUAAGUUAUUAAUUCUGAUGAGUUUUAUGGUCAGUAUAUAAGGAAUUGUUAAAAGAAUGUUGCUCCUGUGCGCACACAGCAGAUGGUUGUAGUCUGAAUCUUGUGUGUUCCCCAAAGACCAUGUGUCCUGCUUUUCCUGUCAACUUGAUUCAAGCUAGAGUUAUCUGGGAAGAGAAACUGGGACUGGGACAAUGCCUCCAUCAGAUUGCCUGUAGGUAAGUCUAUGGGGCAUUUUCUUGAUAGCUAAUUGCUAGAAGAGGGCCCAGCCUAUGGGGGUGGUGCCACCCUGGGGCAGGUGGUCCUGGGCAAUAGAAGAAAGCAGCUUAGUGAACCAUGAGGAACAAGCCAGUAAGCAGUGCUCCUCACGGCUUCUGCUCCAGUUCCUGUCCUCAGGUUCUGGCCCUGAGUUCAUGCUAUCCCUUCCCCUGAUGAUGGACUAUAACCUGUAAGGCAAAUACACCCUCUCCUCUGCAGGUUGCUUUUGGUCAUGGUGUUUUAAAACAGCAAUAGAGAAGCAAACCAGCAGAGCGUGCUAAAGGCUUGCUCUGUGGUGCUACCAGGAGGUGGAGGGAUCUUCAGGAGGUAGGGCCUAGUGCAAGGAAGUUAGGUCACUGGGCAUGCUUUUUGGGGGACACUGAGACCCAAACCCCUUCUUCCUUUUGCUUUCUGACCACCAUGAAAUAAGCAGCUUUGUUUCACUAUGAUGUCCCCCUUGUCAAAGGCUCAAAGUGACAGGACCAAAUGACCAUCAUCCACGAAGAAGCCUUUUCUUUUUUUAAGUUGACUGUCUAAGGUAUUUUGUUCCAGUGACAGAAGUUAAGAGAGAGGUAUAGAAGGAACAGGAAGUAGCACGGGACAACAGUACCCACUCACUAGGCAUUUCCCCUUUAUCCCUAAUGUUCUGUUGGAGUUGACAGGCAGGGCUGUAAGUGUAACACACAAAGAUGUACGUAAGCAUCCCGAAAGUCACAACUAAGCCACCCCACACCCCAUCACUUAGCCGGCCCCAGUGCACAGCAUCAAACCUAGGCUCCCUGCCUCCAUUUUUCAACUGGGUCAUCACCUCUGACACCUUUCUCUAAUUUACCAGUUUAAAAAUAAUGGAGGUACAAAGAUCAACCAAGUUGUGUUGAUAAGCACAAAUCUCAUUUGAAAAUUAAGACAAGUAUUUCCUACUGCCUGCUAGUACAUACUUCCUGGAGAUGUAAAGUCUCAAUAAGUGUACACACCCUGUCUGCUCACAGGCAGGAGCAGAUCAUGUCCACCUUUAAGGGAGAUGGGUGUGUGUGUGUGUGUGUGUGUGUGUGCCUCAAUAUCAAGGUUUACUCUAAAACAGUCUUACCUUAUUCUAUUGGAAAGGAGAUGAAUACCUGUGCCACGUCAAUAUCAAUGUCAAAGUCUCUUGUAUUUGCAGAGCACACUCUGGACUCAGUUGUCCUGUAUUUUGACUUAUGGAGUUAUUGUGUAUUAUGUUUACAUCCGAUUUUAACCAGUUGUGGGUUUUUUCAUCUAGUUGUGUGUAUUUAAACUCAUAAAACACAAAUAAUCUUCCUGUUGGAGUAGUGAUUGCAUUUUCCUCUGGUUACAUAGACUCAUUUAAUAUAUUUCAUGUUUGUGCUGUC